GUCUGCUAUUGUCGACAUUCUUGAUUCGUGAAUUUUCAUCUGACACAAUGAUACAGUUGGUUAUUUCUGUAUAAAAAAUGCCUGGUUCAAGGUUCUCUUUGUUGCUCCUGGAACCAGGGGAAAUUUAUUUUGAAGACUUUAGUGUAACCUGCAUCCAAGAAAGUAAUAACACUUACCAGAGAGGUCGCCUUCGUUUGUGCUCUAAAUCAAUCAUGUUUGAACCAACAGACUGCAAAUACCCCAUCAUAAAAGUCAAUUUAAGCUACUGCAGUUCCAUUUCCGAAGAGGGAGAUUUUAUGGUCAUUAAUUGUACCCAGAUUGUUGAAAUGCUGGCAAACAAUGUUGUUGCACCAUAUGUGUUCUUAAAGAACAGUUUCACACUUAAAUUUACAUUUCACUAUGCUUCCAGUAAAGAAUGUCUACAUAGACUGAGUCAACUACAUAGAGCAUCAACUUUGCCACCAAAAGAUCAACAGGAAAUGAUGGAAGCAAUUGUCCAUUCGCGACAUUCACGGGUGCAUUUUGAUCCCUGUUGGUUAGAGGAUCUUCAUGAAAGUAUACAGUUUGAAGCCAAAGUUAUUCAGGUCUCUCCAUUAGUAUCUAAUCCAGGAAGAGUUGUAUUGACAUCCUCGAGACUUUAUUAUCAGCCAUAUAAUCGUGAACCCGUAGACGUCAUGAAAAUACGUCUUGCAUCUGAUAUGGAACGUGUCGUUAGAAGAAGAUACCUACUACAGAACUCAGCUAUGGAAAUCUACUGCAAAGAACACUGUACCACAAAAUACUUGUUUCUAGCUUUCGAUAAAACGGCGUUGUGCGAUGAAUUAUUUAAAAAACUAGAACCAAAAAAUAAGCCAAACACUGGUCUCGACGUUGCAACCUUGCAAUGGCAGCAUGGUAUUCUAUCAAAUUAUGAUUAUCUCCUCUUCUUGAAUAGCGCUGCGGACAGAAGUUUUAAUGAUCUUACCCAGUAUCCCGUCUUCCCUUGGGUUGUUAAGGACUUCACGAGCGCUACCUUAGAUCUUGAAGAUCCAUCCAUUUAUCGUGAUCUUUCACUGCCAGUUGGUGCCUUGAAUCCAAAUCGUUUGAAGCAGCUACUAGAACGGUUUGCGGACAUGCCCGAACCGAAGUUUUUGUACGGGUCGCAUUAUAUGGCACCUGGAUUCGUCUUAUUUUAUUUGGCGAGAAAAUUCCCUCAACUAGUGUUGUGUCUGCACGGAGGCCGUUUUGAUCACCCAGAUCGUAUGUUCAACAGCCUUCAGCAGACAUGGCAGAAUGUACUGAACGGCGCUGCUGAUUACAAAGAACUAGUCCCUGAAUUUUACGGUGGUGAAGGCGAUUUUUUAGUCAAUUAUUUGGGCAUAAAUUUUGGUAAUCGAAGCUCCGAUGGUCGUCCUGUCCACGACGUUGAGCUUCCCCCUUGGGCAAAAACCCCCCAAGAUUUAAUAGCCAAACUUCGGCAAGCUCUGGAAUCAGAGCACGUUUCAAGAAAAUUGCACUUAUGGAUCGAUUUAAUAUUCGGUCACCUACAGAGGGGACCAAAAGCGAUCGAAGCACGAAACCUCUUUCACCCGCUUUGUUACGAAGGUUCGGUGGAUUUGUGUGCUGUAAUCGAUCCUGUGACGCGAUUGAUGUAUGAGAUUCAGAUUUUGGAAUUCGGUCAAAUCCCUCGACAGCUUUUUACAAAGCCCCAUCCUGCACGUUACGCCGGGCUCAUUCCCACACCCUUGUCGCUCAUGACGUCAUCAGAUGUACAGACUGGAUCCCAGGAAGAAGAAGAUGGAGCUGAGAGUCGUACAAGAAGUUGGUCGCAGGGUCGCCUCUGUGAUCUACAAAUCCACACAGUUUUUCAAGGGCACAAAAAAUCUGUCACGGGAUUAGCAUUUUAUUCUCAAAGUGGUGAUGUGCAAGCCGUUUCUGUGUCACUUGAUGGAUUCUUAAAAGCCUACAAGUUGCGUGAAGGAAAACAAGUUCUCUCCGUCUGUCCGAUUGAAUCGAGUCCGUUAACGGCUUGUCUCAACCUUCCAGGGUCAAAUGCCUUCGUCUUAGGUACACUGCAAAAUGAAGUGGCUCUCUAUCAGAUCGAUUGCUGCCGACUAGACAAUGUGACCCACGUCCACGAUGAUAACAUUACAGCUUUGGGAAUCGGGAACGAUGAAAACGAAGGGGAUCUGGUUUUAGCUUCAGCAUCGUCCGACUGCAGUGUUAAACUGUGGCGCGUCCGGCGAGCCAACAGUGCUUCUCAUUUCCGUUUUCGUCCACCCACUGAUCUCAUAGUCGAAUUAGAACACGACUCUUCGGUCAUCUCGUUGGAUUUCCACCCUGCUGGAUUGAAAUUGGCCACCGGCACUAAAGAAGGACAGCUCUAUCUCUGGGAAGUUCCAUCUGGAUUGCAACUUGACACCCUCUCUGGCCACACGGAUGAGGUAUCCGCCAUCAAAUUCAGCCCCGAUGGAUCAAAACUGGUGUCAGUCGGCCAUGAUGGUAUACUACAAGUCUUUCAGGUCGAUAUUGAUCCACCCCAAAUGGUAGCUAGAAGUGAAGAAAUGGCGGCGCCUGAUAAGAACGAGGAUUUUCGGUGCCUGGCGUGGGAUGGAUUGUCUAUUCUAUUGGGUACCGCACUGGGAGACAUGUUAAUUUUCGAUUUGGUUACUUUUAAAGUAGUGCGUCGGGUCCAGGCUCACGGUCCAGGAGCAUUGACGUGUAUAGCUGUUGCUCCUUCAGUUGACGAUUUGGUCGUCGUAACAGCCGGCCAGGAUGGUCGCGUAUGUCUCUGGAGACCUCGUCCAAUCGUCGCUUAAAAGGAGAAGCCACUGGUUUUCUCCUUUUCUUUUUUCCUUUUUUGUCUUCAAAUCUUUCCAAGAAAUUGUUCAACUUUAUCUUCGGCCACAUCCCUCCCACACAAUGAUAGAGUAAUGAAGUUCUCUUGUUGAUGUUUGAAUAUCGCGCCUGAUUUUAUUCUGAUUGAAAGGAAACGAAAAGUCAUUGUUCCCCCGUCCAACAAUUAAACAUGCGUCCAAUAAAAAAAGACAAUAGAAUUAUUUUGUGAAUGA